AUGAAGAAUGACCCACGUCCAGCAAAGCUGAAAGGGAAGCGCUCAGCUCCCAAUCUCAGGACAAAAAGAAGUGCCAUCAAUAUUCCUGCCAGCAGCAGACCGCGUAAGGCGAUCAAGGAAAACUAUGUACCAAGUGUUAGGAGCAGAGCAUCAGCACCGAACUUGAAGCAAGUUGCAGAUGUGCUGACUCCCAAGUCGCCGUCCCCUACCAGCGAGGCCCCCGAGAGUCAGAGCAACGGAUCGGAUGGCAAGCAGGACGGCGAGUCCCAGCCGAAGGAAGUUCCACGAUUUAUGCUGUUCACUGAGACCAAGAUUAAGCCUGUCGAGUAUCGGCCACCGCGCCAAUAUACUGGUCCUGCUAUUCCUAAGAUUAUGGGGAUUGAACCUCUUUUCUUUCGGCCAAAGCCGGUGGAGGUCAAGAAAGAGUCACGAAAAGAGAGGAUCCUGAAGGAGAUCAGAAAGAGGUAUCAAGUCAGGAAAGCCCGCGUGAGAGGCGUCGUGAAGAAUCUUAGGAAUAUCAGAGCGCUCAGGACUUUGCAUGCGCUGAAGGCUUCUGUAAAGGCGAUGCGUAAGGAUGCGCAAGAACGGCUUCUCGAGUGCAAGCCAAUUUAUCAUAUCAAGGAGAUCAAAGAGCUCAGGCGAGCCUCGAUGUUCCUUGGUCUACCUAGGCUUCAGAAGAGACCGCUGUCAACUUUGUCUAUAGGAAGCGCCAUCACACUGGGGGACUGCCGAAGAUACUCUGAAAUCUCAAUAUACAGCAGGGCAACUGAUUCUCCGAAGCUCGCAGAGCUCUUCGCAGAGGCUGGCACUAGUACAAAGGUCGAAGACGGACCCGGCCCUACGAUAGUGAGUGAAGACGAGGACUGCACAGUGCGCCGGUCCCUGUUGUUUUUCUCAGAUGUGGCCUCUCUUAUUCAAACACAUCCAAAUUUCAGAAAUUCUGGCGAAAGCAUCACCCAAGCUGAGACUUUAGCAACUUCUUCCUCCUUCCUUCAGCACCGGAAUAGUCGUCCACUUUCACUCUCUUCAUCCAUUCUUCAAUAUCACCUUUCUCCGAAUAACCUCGACGAGGUUUCCCCUCGAUCUUCUUUCUCAGAUACUUCUUCCGACCGGACCAUCACUCCACUUAGAAUCCAGAAAAAAGUCAGGAUGCCACCUGAACCAGGUUCGGCGUCAAAGGACCCCUUUGUUGAUUCUUCGACUGGUGGCAAUCACGCCGCAGACGACACUGAUAAUCCAGUUUCUGACGGAGUUGUGGAGAGAGUCGCAGAUAACCCUGUAUCCACUGCAAAAUCAGACCAGGACAACACAAUCUCUUCUGAGUCUGCAAGACCUGAGUCUCUCAAUCAAGACAAAGACUCUAACAAAGAUACAACUCGACAUGCAAGCCAUGGAACCCGUAUCCCUACCCCGGCUUCCCAGGCAUUGGGCACUGGAGGAAGCCAACCGAAAGGCACGCGAGUGACAUCUGAGCACCGCAGCUCAAUUCCUGUUGCGGUCCGCAAGGUUGGCACGGAGCAUCAGAAUGUGCCUGAAGGUGGCUCUAGUGGACACGAGGCUGGCGAGACCCGUGCCGCUGGAAGGACUCGCGGCCGUCAUGUAUCACCUUUUCAGCAUCAAAUCAAUACUCUGUGGGGGUAUAUACGCGAUGAAGACAUAGCAAACGAGAUUUCCCGCUACUCAUCCACAUCGUCCUCAAGUGGCGACUGGGAUGGUGAGCAGGAUGACGACGACGAGCUUGAGAGGCCCACCGGUUACACUGGCGAUAAUCGUCGGCCAUUCGAGCGAUCUGCUCAAUGUUUCUACGGACCACGUCUGCAGAUCGCGGCGUCGGCGGAAAACGUCAUCAUGGGCACCCCGAACUUGUCUUCUAAAUCGUCUCCUGAUCUAAAAAGAGACGUCCCUCGUACUGCUACACAGGGUAGCCCUCACAACGCACGCCUCGGUGAGCAGAGUUCCAGACUGGUUGAAGGAGGCCAUGAAGCAAAGGCCAGCCCUGAAUCUUCUCGGAACUUUUGCCGCCCCCGGCCUUCUCUUGAGAAUAUCUCCAGAAGGGACUUCAGUGGAAGUGAGAUUUCUAUUCCACGAAAGCCCGUGGGUAGCCCAAGCUUAACCGAUCUCCACAAUCCCAGUUCGGAUGGACUUCAGUCUCAGUACGUGGUGCCUACGGUGCCCAAGAUUCCCGAUGAACAUAAUGUCUUCUUGAACAAGGACAAACCUUUGCCUGAACUGAACGCUGGCCCCGUCUCUAAAGGUACUGGCCAAGGAUCUAAAGAAAUCACCGGGUCCAUGACUGGUGGUGGUCUUUCGGCGCAUGCGAGGGUCAAAAGGGCAGCAGCCGCUGACAGCCCGCAUCCCACCCGGACGUCCUCUCUACAGUCGGUUCCCGCUAGCCAAGGAGAGUCUGCCGUGACUACUCCUCGGACUCCCAAUAUACAACACCCAGGCGGCGCGGCAGAUUUGAAGCGGACUGUGACCUUCGAUGAUAUUGUGCCCGAAAAAAAACAUAGCGCACAGCGUGGAAAAGGCAGGUUCCCAGACUCGAGGAGCAAUCGCAUGCUUGACAGCUUUCGCAACAUUUUCAAGCAUAAAAAUGCCGCUGAUAAAGCACGUGUGAAGAAUGAAGAGAGUACCGAGGCUGCGCUAGAAGAGUCUGGAGACCAGGCUCAAAGCGGCUCAGUCGAUCGUGCUAAUAAGGACGAUGGUAAACUGGAAUCGGCAACGACAGCCUCUAAGUCGCGAACCAAGUCCCCCAGACUGCCCGAACGAGCUGGUUGGGGCAAGGGUGCUCGCAGCAUUAGUGCCCCUAUCCAUGUCUCUCCCGGAGCGUUCCCAACUCCUACUUCCUCAUUAUCUUCCAUUCCGGCUCCUUCACCACGUGUCUACGAGGAAUACCAAACUCCCUCGUUUGCUAGGCCUACCAAGUCAACGCGUACUAGAGCGGCCACAAACCCUAGGUUGCAAACGCCUGUUGCUGCAGAUGGCCGCUCCCGGAGAACUUCAGCGAUGGCAGCUUCUACUGGAAGCCCGCAGCGCUCGACCCGUGUUUCUCGUCAUCUCAAUGCAGUCACCGGCUCCAAGAAGGCAUCACACGCCAGAAAGACCGCAGAAGAACAGGCAGCGAUCUCCAAGUCUCCGGGCCCUGCUUCUUCCCUGACAACCCAUGCCUCGAAUGCCGAUUGGUGGAAUCUUCCUAAGGAGCAGAAAGAUGAGGAGAUCUCUGCCUUCAUUCCUCAAAUCUUCCGAGAGAUAUGUGAAGAGACGGACAGGGAUAAGAGAGCAGAGAUGCUUCGGGAAACUCUCUCACUCAAGCAUCAACUAGAUACCGUGAACAACGCGCGUGCGGUUGUUACAGAAGCCGAGGAGACGCUACGCAAAAAAUUGGAAAAGAAAACCGCUGCGGAGCGAGCUCUAUAUGAGAAAUUCCUUCAAGCUCGGACCAAAGUCGCCUCUUAG